AUGAUUACUCCGAAGGGCACGUACGAUUCGGUAGCCAAGUUUCAAGGAACGGAUUUGCAUCAAGAUGUCGAUUACGCAGUACUGGAACAACGGAGGACACAGUUAGAGGCCCUCAUCGUGGAGAGAGAAUCUUUUAUUAAAAACUUGUGCUCUCUCUCUCACAAAAUCCAGAACACCAAGAAUUACCAAGAGUUUGUGGACGUAUUGAUGGAAAGUCGAGAUUUACUGCGAGAGAUAUUCACUGUGGAGAACGGAUUUCAGAAACAAAAAUGGGUCAAUCAUGACGAUAUCCCUCAGGUAGACUGGGACAAGUUUGCCAUAAGUAUGAAUGCUUAUAUAGCGGAAAACGAUAAGUUAUUAGCAAUGUAUGAAGACGGCUUAUUAUGA